AUGCAAUAUCAGCAGCUGGCAGCGGAGCCGCAGCAGCAGCAACAACAACAUCCGCUGUUGUCAGCCAUUUCCGGAAAUAAUUAUGCUGAUACACAGCGUGCCCAUUACCCCUGGCAGCACCAGCAGCAACUCUAUCAGAAUCCCUAUCUGCAUUAUGGACGACCAUUGCUGGGCGCUGCGAGCAACCACAACGGCGCUUAUGCCAGCGCAGCCAGCGGCCACUCGGGCUAUGGCAUGGAGCCGUCGGUGGAGUAUGAGGUGCAGCAUACGCCACCCUCUGGCAGCUAUUCCUCGUACCAUCCGAGCGGAGGCAGUGCACCCGCGCAUCCGCCACAGUUGCAGCCGCCACAUCCGCCUCAAUAUCAUGCGCCCAAAUCACCGCCCACAACGCCACCCACAAAGAAGAAAAAGAGCGGCAGCUCUGUGAUGUCGGCGCUGACGCUGCUCUCGUUCUUCUUUUUCGUGAAUAUGCUGCAGAGCUGCAUCAAGGAGCAUAUCUCGGAUAUCAACCCCACCGUGAUGGUGCUCACAUCGGUCGGCAAUCGCAAUCGCUUCAAUAAAUUAGCUGAAAUGAACUCACGCGAACAAACCUCAUCGCCAGCAUCCACAACGGCAUCAGAGUCGGCGUCAUCUUGGCAGCAGCAGCAACAGCAACCGGCAUUGGUCCCAGCAUCCAGUUCCGCCGUGUUGCCAGUCAUUGUUACGCCGGCUGUGACGCUGCAUACGCCAUAUAGCAGUGGUCUGGUGACUAAUAAGCCAGCUUCGCAUACCACUUCGUAUCAGCAAUCGCAUCAACAACAACAUUAUCAUCAGCAGCAUCAGUUUCACGAUGAUGCUGAUUAUAAUAACGGACAUCGCACGCCCUCAUCCGCCGCUGAUUUCUAUCCUAAUCGCACACACAUUGACCAGUCGCUGCGACCCGACUCCAACUCCAACGCCAACUCCUAUUCGAAUUCCAACUCUGAUUUGUACUCGGACUCCGACUUUGACUAUUAUCAGCAUCACUAUUAUCCAGAGAGGGAGCGACAUCGGCAUCAUUACAUGGACUAUGCUUGGUCCAAUGGCAACGGGCACUCGCGUCCUCAUCCGCAUCCGCAUCCGCAUCCGCAGCCACAUCCGCAGCCGCAGCCGCAUCCGCAGUCGUAUUCGCAUGCAGCUGGCAACAAACGUUACUCAUCUUCAGCUUCGUUGGGCGCUCAGUCGGGCGUGAGCUCUUACUCGGAUAAUGCGCGCUACAGGCACACCAAUGAUGCUGCCGACGACGAUGAUUAUGAUCAACAGCGCCAUCAUAAUGAAAAUGCUAAUGCUGACCGAAGUCCACAGCGACGCGCCAGCGAUUCUUUCUACACGCGCAGUAAUUGA